ACCAACUAAGAUCUUUAAGAAACAUUGCGAUCGUUGGUUCCACAUUUUUCUCAAGUCCUGUAAAAUUGGAAAAUCGGUGCUUUUUGACGGGUUGAUCGGGCAAAAUGGCCACCACGGUUCUCUCUACCUUCGCCGUCCUCAAGGACCAUGUCAAGUUGAAGAUCAAUGAAAACUCGGUGGCCAUUGAUAAUAUCGUUUUCAGAUUACACUACAGAGCAACCUUUCUUGCAUUACUCGUAAGUUGUCUUCUGGUGACAUCCAGACAGUUUGUUGGGGAACACAUAAAGUGCAUCGCUGAUAACGCUAUAAGAUCAGACGUGAUCAACACCUUCUGCUUCUUUACGUCGACCUACACAGUGGUAAAACAUCUGAACAUAACAUCCAUAGAAUUAGGCGACAUUCCUCAUCCAGGAAUUGGACCAGCGACAAAAAACGACCCUGUGAUACAUCACGCUUAUUAUCAAUGGGUUCCUUUUGUUCUUUUCUUCCAAGCGAUCCUCUUCUACAUUCCUCAUUAUCUCUGGAAGAAGAUCGAAGGAGGCCGCCUAAAGGUUUUGGUAUCCGGUCUGCAAAUGGCGUCCUUGUCCCUGAAUGAGAAAGAGAUCGUAACUGGAAACGUGAAGGUCCCUUCGAGGAAAGAUCGGGAUGAGAGAAUCCAGAAAAUACGAACUGCAUUCAUCAACCGACUGCAUAUAAACCGGCCUUGGGCCUACUACAUGGGACUUUGCGAACUGCUCAACCUAACCAACGUCUUGAUGCAGAUUUACAUAACUAAUGCCUUCCUGGGAGGAAGUUUUCUGGACCUAGGGACUUCCGUCACCGAAAAUCACUCGGGAGAGGUGGACCCUCUGGACGUGAUCUUCCCCAAAGUGACCAAAUGCAUUUUCCAUAAGUAUGGUGCCUCUGGCGGCAUACAGAGACACGAUGCACUUUGCGUAAUGGCUCUAAACAUCAUAAACGAGAAGAUCUACACUUUUCUCUGGUUCUGGUUCAUUAUAGUGGCCGUCGUUACCGCCCUGGGCUUGCUCUGGAGGAUCUUAACGAUGCUUCUGCACGCAAGGAGCACCGCGUUCAACAAAUUCGUCUUUUCAAUGGCCUGUCCUGGGAAGCACAAUCCCUGGACCGUUCUCACCGUCACCCACGAGUAUUAUUUCGGUGAUUGGCUGUUUCUGUACUACAUCGCCAAGAACCUGGACAAUUACGUGUUCAAAGAAUUGCUGCAAAACCUGGCCCACGACCUGGAAGAGAGAAGACUGCAACGUGUCAGGGUUGAUCCGAACGACGAGGACGAACCUCUGACCAAAAAAGACUGAUUCGCCAUAUCCAGAUUAACGAUGUAUCAGAGCCUCUGAUUACCGUGUAAUUAGGUAAGUACACCUGGAAGGAGCCACGUCAUCGAAUCUACGAGAAGUACGAAGUGAAUCAGCUGACUGCGACGUUUCGAUCCCACGAGGCGUAAGAAUUCACGAUGAUACAGUAAAAUCGUGUACAGCGUGUUAGUAAUGACGACACUCCGAGAUUGUGUGGUGAAAUCCCGAGAACGAUCGAUGGAAUGGAAGCUAUGACGAAAUCCCAAACGCAGUUGAGACGAAAACUGCGUCGACCCUCGACUUUGCUUCAGUAUAGCAAAAAACCGCAGACAAUAUACAUGACAAUCGAUGACGACGUCGACGCGACGUCGCGAUUUCGAAUUCACGAGAAUUAUCGAACGACGGAGGUGCACCUACCCUGAGAAAAUAAAAAGAAAUACCAUUGAACCGAAGAAAUAUUUUGUUAAUUCAAAGAAUACACGUGUAUGCUAAUUCAAAUAAAAUAAUACUCGUUCAAAGAAUUAACAAAAUAUUUCUUCGGUUUAAAGGAAUUUUUUUUUUCUGAGAACUAUUCGCCACAGAUAGAGUCGAAUAAAUUGGAUGUAACAUUUCUUUGGAAUUAUGAUUAGAACAACGAGCGAAGCGAUUAAUAUGAGACAAUAUAGGGGAAUCCGGAUUCCAAAGGGAUUUUCUGCGAGAAUGUGUCACGGUUCUUGAACUCUUCCCAGAAUUAUAAUAGAAUAUAAGAAUUAUUUAAUAACGUA